AUGAGUAACAGAUUGUUUAGAAUAGACGCUGGAUUCCAACAGUACGAUUGGGGCAAAAUUGGUUCCACUUCUGCUGUGGCCAAGUUCGCGUCUCACUCCGACCCCAGCAUUGUGAUCGAAGAGUCCAAACCAUAUGCAGAGCUGUGGAUGGGUACUCACCACAAAGUUCCUUCUUUGAACCAUGAUUCGAAAAAGAGCUUGCGCGAUCUGAUCGCGGCAGAACCCGCUGAGAUGCUGGGUCAGGAAAACGUUGAUAAGUUCGGCUCUAAGCAGGAGCUUCCAUUCCUCUUCAAGGUUCUCUCUAUCGAAAAGGUCUUGUCCAUCCAGGCACACCCGGACAAAGCUCUGGCCGGUAGGCUCCACAUGAACGACCCUCAAAACUACCCCGAUGACAACCACAAGCCUGAGAUGGCCAUUGCAGUCACAGAUUUUGAAGGUUUCUGUGGUUUCAAACCUUUGGCAGAAAUUGCAGAUGAACUACAACGUAUCCCAGAGCUUAGAAAUGUGGUAGGCGAAGAGCUCAGCGAGAACUUCAUCAAGAACUAUAAAGAACCCUCUCAGGAAGGUUCUUCAGAGGAUCAAGAAAACAGAAAGCUUCUCCAAAGCGUGUUCAGUAGAGUAAUGAAUGCUUCUGAAGAAACUAUCACGACUAACGCCAAGGCUUUGAUACAAAGAGCAGAGAGCUCUCCAGAGGACUUCAACAAAGAAGCUUUGCCCGAUUUGUUGAUAAGGUUGAACAAGCAGUUCCCAGACGAUGUCGGGCUAUUCUGCGGUGGACUACUUUUGAAUCACUGUUCUUUGAAGUCAGGCGAAGCUAUUUUCUUGAGGGCGAAAGAUCCCCACGCUUACAUAAGCGGUGAUAUUAUCGAGUGUAUGGCUGCGUCCGACAAUGUUGUGAGAGCUGGAUUCACUCCAAAGUUCAAAGAUGUUGUCAACCUUGUCGAAAUGCUUACUUACACCUACGGCUCGGUUGAAGAUCAGAAAAUGAAACCAGAGGAAUUUGCUAGAUCUUCUGGAGAUGGAAAAUCAAUUCUAUACAACCCUCCAAUUGAGGAAUUCGCUGUUUUGGAAACAACUUUCUCAAAGGGUGCUGGUACCAGAAACUUUGAAGGUUUGAAUGGUCCUAGCAUUGUGAUCACCACGAAGGGUAAUGGCUACAUUCAAUACCAAGAUGUUAAACUCAGAGCUGAGCCAGGUUUCGUUUUCUUUAUUGCACCCCAAACAGAGGUAGAGUUCAUUGCAACGGACGCCGAAUUUACCACUUACAGGGCCUUCGUGGAACCUAAUUAA